CACGUGGAGGCCUAUAGCUGCUGCUCUGCGCCAUCGCCGUCUUGAAGCUCAAGUCAAUGGAACAUGGUUCACUUGAAGAUCAAUCUAAAGCAACGUUCUCGUUUACAGAUGAGGACCAUACGUUGGCAAAUGCUGUCAGAUUCACUCUAAAUCAAGAUCCAAGAGUAACAUUUUGUGGAUACAGCAUUCCACAUCCCUCCGAUGCUCGAGUGAACAUAAGAGUUCAGACUACUGGAGAUCCAGCGAGGAAGGUAUUGAAUGAUUCAUCCCAGGAUCUAAUGCUUAUCUGCGAGAACGUUAGAGACACAUUUGAGAAGGCUAUUUUAAAGUUCAAAACUGAAGAAGGUCUGAGUUCUAUGGAUAUCAAGAAAUGAUUGACAGAAAGUUUAUAUAACCUUCUAUCCAAGUGAAAUUUUGUAACCUUAUUUGCACAAAAGUUGUUUUUACACAACCAUUUUUCCCCAUAGGUCAUAUAUAUGUUAUAUCAGAUUGUUAGCUAUAAUGCUUAUGUUUUAGUUGUACA